AUCUUAAGAUUUUGAAGACAAUGCAAGAUCUAUCCAGUUUUGUCAGCAUCUUUUGUCAAAGGCAAAUUGGUCGACAAUAUUUGCGUCGUGUUUGACGCGUCAGUAGACAGUUUAUUUUGAAACAAAGGGGUUGGGAAAAUAGACGUCAUUUAUACUCCGUAUGAAAGUAAAACGCUUCUAAUUGCUUUAGCUUUUUUCUUGAGUUUACUUGUAACGUACAAUUCUGAAGACCCCUUGUAUACAACACUAAGUCAUAUAGAGACACACAUACUAUAUUGAAAUAUAGUUGCUUAUUUGGAUGCUUAUUUUACUAGUAUUCGACUUGUUACUUUUGACAAGAAGGUUAUGUUUUCAGUGCCGUUUAUUGUAUCUGUUUAUUUGUCUGUGUGUUUUUGUGGACGGCAUGUAUCUAGCUGGAGAUCAUGGAUCUUAUUUUAUUUUAAUUAAUGGUAUUUUGUGUGAACAACAUAACGCCAGAAGCCAUAGGUAGAUCUUCGUGAUAUUUGGUAACUGGUGUUACAAAAACAGACGUCAAGUUUGAUACUGGGCAUUCUAGUUACUUUCUAUGGUACUGUAGCGGAACUUGGAGCUCACCACAGCAUGUCUCAUGUUCUGGACAAGUUACGGUCGUGAUUUUUUGAGUGGUAGAUAGCUCUUGGGACAGAGAGUGGGUAACCUAGGUUUGAUACUCUUAGUGUUUCAAAAAUGUCUCCAAACAGUCCUAUCAUUUGAGUAAAGAAACGUUCAAGUUAUUUGUGCCUAAGAAGACGUAGGUAUGCUUUGAAAUCUGAGACCUAUAAAGCGUCUUGAACGAAUUCUGACACUUGUAACGCUUCGUUUAUGUCUUAUGCUUUUUAUGAAAGCGAAGAGUCAGAAAGUCACCGUCUUUUUAUUCGUUUUGACACCGCCUAUUUUUCCAGCCCAGUUCAGUCUAACCACAGCUAUUAAAGUGAUGACAAACGGCCACCGAAUGAUAGUGUUGUCUGCGUUGCCUGGCGACGAGAGACAACAAUUUUUCUUGAUAAAGGUUGGGUCGCAAAACCACCCCUGCUAUCUGUCGUGAUUUAUUACAUGUGUCACCACACCGCUAAAAGUAUAUUUAUAUAGGUUAGACUACAGGUUGCAAUAAGGCACAGACGCUAAGUCUUUAGUUGUUAGGACAGCUAGAUUGAGAUCAGAGUCUCUGUGGACAUAGAUCGUGAUCAUCAGCGAUUCUUCCGGCAGAAUUUUUUUUCUACUUUGUUUUGGACAGACAAGGACAGACUGCACUCAAGAGAGUGAGUUUGCCACUAUGGACCCAGCCGCCCGGAUCCGGUGGUUAGGCGCGCAGUGUGGGGAGUUUGAGCGACAGCUGCAUGGCGCGGUGGCACCGGACCUCGUCCCCAGGUUCAGGAGUGAACUGGAGGAGCUGUCGGUGCUCUGGGAACGAGAACACGGCCAAACUGGUGAAAAAGUAGACAGUGUUGCAGGACUUAGGAUGCUGCGAGAUUGGGCAGUUUCAAACGGAAAGUCGGUGCCUGUUUUAGACGAAUUCCUCGCCACCUACACAAAAUUUUCAGUCCUCCUGGAAGACUUUCAAAAGGGAAUCUUCAAACCACUAAAGGAGGCGUUUCCCAAACCCUCCAGUAAGAAAGUAAGGAAAGUUGAGAAGAAGUUGGCAACAGCCUUGGUGUCGUGGAAAGAUCUCCUUGAAGCUUCUAAAUCUAAGAACAAUGGCACGACCGCUGACAGAACUUCUUCGGAAGAAAGAACGCAUUCAGGUUUGGAGGGUCUCAUGCCAGCUUUACAGGAAAAUGCACAGCAGGUGCUAAAGUUAGCCACCAAAUGGGGACGCCUGUUGGAAGACGAUAUACUGCAACAAGGUACCAAAAUUUCAAACGACAAUUUAGGCCAGGUUCCCAUGGCAACGGAUCAUGAAAAGACCGCGAAAGACAAGAGUGACAAACACCGAGCAAGUGGAAGCAGUAUGACGACGUCAGAUUCAAAAGGAAUACUGCAUUGCAGCGGUAAAUCGCUAGGUGCGCCCGUGUCUGUGUCCCCUGAGAACAGCAGUAUGGUUACGAGCAAGAUAGCUGCGCGGAACACUUUGUCGGAAGAACCAAGAACAACUAGGCAUAGGAAACAACCAGAAGUCACAAGCAGCUUGACAACUUCAACAAAUACAGCAACAGCUACGGCCGUUUUGGAGAAGAAGUCGCGGAAGAAACAUCCAGAAAUUCGUCAGAAUAGGCGCGAAAGUACUCAAGCAGCGGGGAAACAAGUCAAGACUCCUGUCCUUCUUGUGGAAGAAACGACUUCUCUCGUCCUACCGAAGGGAAAACACACAAGUAAAAGUCUGCCUUCAACCCCUAAGGAACUUUACCUCCCUGCGGCCAACGCUGGUACUGCAACGAUAUCUCAUAGGCACCACCGCAGAACCAAAAGCUCUUCAGACCAACAUUCGUUGCAAACUCCCGAGGAAAACAAUCGGACGGGACAUAAAUCUCCCACCGAUGAGACAACCACAGGGCAGGCGGGAAUAUCCUCUGUGUCACCGGGUGGUAAGAAUGAACCUCACGGACGAGUGUCGUCUGCAACCUACAGAGGCAACGCCGGCUUCAGAAAAGGCAUCUCUGACCUGAAAACGGAGUUCGAACAGAUCAGACAAGACGCCUUGAUGUACGAAUACAAUUUGGAGAAAGAGAGGGCGACGCACAUCAAGAAACAGUUGACAGACUUAGAGGUACGGAAGCGAGAAAUCAAGGACAAGCUUCAAGAGGAAAAAACAGUGGCUAAAUUUCUGACGAUCGGUUCAAACAUGGACACGGCCCGAGACAAGGUGGUUCGGUUGCAGACGAACUUGGCCAGGCUAAACGCCAAGUGUGUGGAGAUGGAAAAACGGCUGCAAGAAUCGUCCGAUAGGUCAGUGACCCUUGCCGGUGGUAUCAAACUGUGGAGCGAGAACAAGACGUCCAGAAGACUUGAACCGAUAGACGGUCUCAAGUCUUGUAAGAACGGCACGAGGAAAGGAGCACGGGAAGAAGGGAAGGCGCUAAGACUUUAAGGUUGCCCUACGGUUCGAUUGGCAUUGAUGGAGAAAUGAAAUUAUUAAAGAAAAUGGGUCACUGGAAUUUUUCACAGAAACGUUCAGUCCUUUUCAGCUAUCUGACGCAGUUGCUCUGGGCACGAGGCAUUAUAUACAUCUUGAAUAACUUGUCAGAUCCCAUGACAAACAUUUCCAAAGAUUUAGUUAGAGACUAUGACAUGCACAUUCGUUAGGUGUCUUAGACGUAACACAUUAUUGUAUUAUUUGUAUUUGUAUAAUGCAAUUUGAACAGUUUGACAAGUCUUAUUGCCCAGAUGAUUUGUUAGUAUAUCAUCGCACGGAAUGGUAGCAGGUAGAGUUCUGUCGGCUCCGCCUCUAAGGCUUUGCCAAAAACAUCUGUUUCCAUAUGUCUAUCCAGGAAUUCGUUCGAGACAGGCAAUGUCAGAAACACGUGUUCCGUUUUUAUAUGAAAAUUAAAUGUUUUCUGGAA